AUGUCUUCAAAUACCAACCCCGUUGUAUCAUCGAGUAACGAGUACGAUUUUUCCUAUUGUACUUCAUCUGCUUGUAUGGAUAUUUUUUGUUCGAGUAAUAACCGAACAUGUUCUUCUGAGUCUAGAAAAAACAGCGUUGAGGUCGAUUUGCUCUCUGGCCAAGAUAAUGACAUAUUCACAUCGGUUGGACGUUACAGCACCAACUUUUUGGAUGAAACCCCCGAACCAGACUGGCCUCAUUUUGAUGACUCCGAAAACAGUCUCAUCGAAAAUAGAAACGCGAAACAUCCCGAAUCUAACACAGAUGUGGUAUUUAAAAACAUAGAAAAAAGAUUUCCUACGAACUGUAAUAAUCUUCACUUACCGUUGAAAUGCAAUGGAGACAGUAACAUCGACAAUGAGACGACUGGUUUGUUUGAAAACCUAGCUAAAAUACUGAACCAUCCUCGUACUGACAAGGAAACCUUGGAAGCAAUGAAAUUGCUGAAGGAUUUGUAUCGAAUACUCUGCGAUUCAUUGAGCAACAAAGAGAAGGAUGAUUCUGGGAGAUUUUCGUGGACGGAGAACGAUUUGAGUAAAGGAAGUGUCGAAAAGGUUCAUUUCGAUGCUGAUAUCGCUCCUUGUCCAAAAACUGCUAAAUGUCCAGAGAAGGAGGAGAAAAAAUCUUGUUUGACUACGGAAGUUGAUUCCCAAGCUAAAAAUAACGCUCUAAAUAAGAACCAAAAUAUUGACCUAAAAGUUAAGGUUAAACGAGACAUGAAAAAGGGGCCUUUAAAAGCUGUAUACCCUGUUGUUUCUAUGACAAAAAAUCAGAACUUUGAUGAUGCAUUUAGUAAACGUGUUAUUAAUAUGAGCACACCUAAGCAAGCAGUGAGAUUAAAUCCGAGCCAAACUUCCACACCCCGAAUAGUUUCAUCGAAGACGAAUUCAAAUAGAAGCAGUUUGCAGUCAAAACCGAUUGUGAGCAAACCUAUUGUGAGCAGACCUAUUGUAAGAAGAAACAGUUUUACUGAAGGAAGAACAACGAACAUUCAAAUUCGGAAACGCUCUAGCUCGUUAGACAAAGCCAGAGAGGUCCAACCAGCCUCUAAGCUCAAGCCCAGUAGUCCUUUAAGGUCGGCUUUGCGAGAAAAUUUAAAUACAUCGGGUAGUAAAUUUGGAUUUAGAGGUAGCAACAAAUCUGUGACUUUUGGACCGAACAAAGAAAAUUAUUUCUAA